AUGCUGGUGUUGAUGUUGGUGGCGGCGGCGACCUUGCGGCUCUGCUUGGUGGCCGGAGCUCAGCAGCUGUGCCGUAUUCACACGGUGAGGACAGGAAAGGUGUUUCAUGUUAGUCAGCAAAUUCAAGGGGACCAUCUGUAUUUUUCAUCGGGGACACCACGCUUGAUUAAACAUCCUUGCAAGAAAAACAUAGCCCUGUAUCUAGGAAGACAAAUUUUUUUCACAAGAGAUAAUUUCAAAAGUAGUCUCCUUCCACUUUCCCUCCCUACAUCAAUAAAGGUCGGCAUACCGGAAGUAACAUCGGCACAUAUCGCUGGCUCGGUGUUGCUGUUAGUAGUGGAUCAAAAAGUCUAUGUUUAUGAUUACGAAGCCAAUUCCUGGAACGCAUCUAUAGGUAUAGAACACCCUGUUUCACAUAUUUCUGGUGAUAAUUGUUGUUACAGCGGACAUCCCUUUUGUGUGGAUAUAAGUAAUUCCGUGUUUGCUUAUUUGCAUGGAGAUCAGAUAUCUCAGACCCAUGUGUAUUUCUCAAACACCCGGGGAUACACAUUUCAGAAGUUUGCCUACGAAAGACAGGCAGAACUAGUCGGGUCUUUGGGUGGGGUCUUCUAUUUUCACUCCUUGUCACAGGUUGGGCUGCUUCUCAUUGACCAAGGGAAGGCUAUGUUCAGCUACUCAGAACACCCCCUGAACCGCAGUUUGGGGCUGCCCUUUGACUACAAUGGGACCCUUGACAUCCUCAUCACCCCGGGCCAGAAAGGCAUUCUGAUCUUCUGGUUUGAGAAGAGCCUGUUGGUUUCUGGAAACGCAGGUCAGCUCGUUUAGCCUGUCCCCAUGGACGAAGAACCCGGCAUCUCGUAUUCUUCCGUUUCGGAAGCCAACGUCACCAUCCACAACAUCGCUGCCAAUCAGAAUGAACUGGCAGUCUUAACUCGGGAGAACAGUUUGUAUUAUGGCAGCCUCGGAAUCCUGCCAAGUUCUCUAAUCAAAUUUUCAGGCCAAAACAUCUGGUCCCAAGAGGCAGCCGUGAUGUUCACUGAUGUGGGGCAAGUGGAAAUACUGACCCCGCUCCCCGAUCCGAUGUUUCCAGCUUUUGAUUUCCAGAGGUGCCCUAUGAACGUUCAGGAGAUUCUCAUGGAUCCCCAACUCCAAGUUGACGUUUGCAAAGUAGAGCUUCUGCAAGGAGAAUUUGACAACAGGAUGUACAGCAUCGACAUGAACAGCAAACUGCAGCUCACGGCGCUCAUGAUUCCGCGGCCAGGCAGGUCACCGGUCCCACUGGCAAUGGUGAGCAACCCCACCCUGGGGCUGCAGGUUAUCUACGAGGACGGCUACACCUAUGACUUACCUGAAAGCUGCAGACUGAACAUCUCCCUGAGGCAGCAGCACCACUGGGGCAGGGCCAACCCCAACUUCACCUCCAGCAUAAAGAAACCCACAGUAUCUACCAUCACUCUGGACGUAGCCAACAAGGAAAUUUCAUGUGUGGACCUGAAGCCACUGACGGCACUCAUUUCAGUGGGUUGUGACCAGGAGAAAAAGAUCGUCAUUCAGAACAAAAUCUCAGCCUGUUCCAACGGCAUCCUGGACCCCGUGGGCCUUCAGGACAACUACAGCUACAUCAUCGAGAAGGAAGCGUAUGACCCCAACUUCCGGGGACAGAUGUCCCGCGAGGACCUGGUGGUGAACUAUCGGUACGAGAAGCUGGGCUGCCCCCGCCUCGUCUACUACAACACCCCCUGGAGGCCGGUGGUGGAACUAUGCGAGGGCGCGACCGCAGCGCAGCAACGCCGCCAGCAGAACUACAUCAGCUGCCAUGACCCCGACAACGACGCCCCUCUGAGAUGGCCAGAUGUCCCGUAUCAGAUCUUGGGAGGCCCAACAGCAAACAAGGUUAUUUUUGACCAAAGGAACGGGAUCUACGUCUUCUUCCUUUCUAUCGUGGAUCCCUACUACAGUUACUGUCACCUGGAGACCACCUUCAGCGUCUACGUCUACGGGGCCUUGCCCCCGUCCAUCAUCCCGACGACGGUCACCAUCAUCCCGCUCAUAAUGGCCAUGCUGCUGUCCGUGUGGUCGGCCUACAUGAUCCCCAAACUGCUGCACACCGAGAAGGGCCUCAGGCUCAAGGAGUUCUGGAUGAAUCUGUGCGGGAGACUCAGAAACCUUUGCCCGUGUUUCCAAGGCAGGUGCUGA